AUGACAAGUUCAGGGCAGCCAAAAAAUGAAAAUUGGAGUAAUUACUGUGACCUUAAGCCAAAUAAAGUAUUCGAAUACCCAGAUCAAGCAUCAAAAAUGAUUUGGGGCGUCAAUUCCAAUAAUAAUAUACAAUUAUCUUCACAAAUUAUCGAAUUAAUAACAACCAACAAAAUAACUAUCCAAAUGGCGCUUCAUUUGAUUGAUGUUUUUUCACAAAUUCGUGAUAAAGAAAUUAAAUUAUUUUCAGAACUUUAUCAAAAGGUAUCAAACGCAUUUUCAUACAUACAUAAGCCGAAAAAUAAUAGAUUAGCGACGCUUCUUCAUUAUCAAGGUUUCAAAUUUGAAAACUUCAAACCUGAAAUAGAAGAAGGAGAAAUUCUGAAUUUAUACUCAACAAACUCUCCUUUAUACUAUAUUGCAUGA